GCUGCUCUGCACUCCUCACGGGCUCUCUCCGGUGGCUGCAGCAGAAGCGGCUGCUUCAGCAGCAGCUGAAGUCUCUGUUUGCUGCUAACCUGAUCAGCCCAGGAUGCAGCUUCUCUGUGACAUCACGGCCAGAUGUUUGGCAAAGCCACACCCCCAUGAGGGUCCAAAGCAAUCCAACGAGCAAUAACGGACCCGCUCAGUCCUGCUGUCAGAAUGCGUCGGGAAGACUGGAAGAACUGCAAGCUUGUUAUUGUGGACAACCGUCGUUAAUUCUAUUUCAGUCAACAAGCUGCGCCGAACUGGGUUUGUUUUGCUUUAUGUUUUCACUGGAUGCCUGUCCUCUUCAGAAAGAGAGAAACUGGGUGUGAUCCAUACAGGCAAAGUACUUUUCAGGGAGCCGUGAAUCCAGCAGUCAUCAUUUCUGUGAAAAGGAAGUCUUCAGGUGUGUGUAUAUAUAUAUAUAUUUUAAGGUCUAAACAAGGGGGAAUAUUGCUGUUGAUUUGUACACCUAAGGAGGUGUGAAACAUGGCAACAGCAGCCUACUUUGCCGCCGAGUGCCUUGUCUCGAUGUCCAGUCGUGCUAUCAUACAUGGCUCCACAAGGGAAGCAGCCCCUCAGCCUGUUGGCAUAGCUUCGCCUCUCCUCAUCUCAAAUCGAGAUGAGAAACCCGAAGUGAAAGAGGCAGGCAGAGACAAUGGAGGUACGUCCUCUGUCUACGCCGUGGCUAGCAUUUUAGCUGACCUAAACCAGUAUGCUCCAAAGCCUUCCUUGCUUCAGGUGGAGGAACUCCACGGCAUCAACAGGGGAGACGCAAAAAAGCCUUCUCUUCCUUGUGAAGAGUUUGGGGAAGAAAGUCUCUCACCGGCCGGCAAACGUGAAGGAGGCAAAGCAGCCACACCUACUAGCUUGGUGGCAAUGAGUCAGCCAAGCCUCAAACAAAGAAGCAGGCGAGGGAGAUGCCGGCCUGACCCUGAAUUACCUCAGAAAAGGCAUAAAUGCUACUAUGUGGGCUGUGAAAAGGUUUACGGCAAGUCAUCCCACCUGAAAGCUCACCUAAGGACCCACACAGGUGAGAGGCCGUUCGAAUGCCGUUGGGAAGAAUGCAACAAGAAGUUUGCCCGUUCUGAUGAGCUGGCACGGCAUUUCCGCACUCACACUGGGGAGAAAAAGUUUGGCUGCCCUCUCUGUGAGAAGCGCUUCAUGCGCAGUGACCACCUGACGAAGCAUGCCCGCCGGCACAACAAUUUCCACCCCAGCAUGCUGAAGAGGAGAGGUGGGAGCAGCUCCCGGACAGGAUCUGUGAGUGACUACAGCCGUUCAGAUGCAUCAAGUCCCACCACCAGUCCCGCAAGCUCCCCAUAGAUAUGCCUGCACAGGAUGCCAGCACUUUGCUCUUAUCAUAUAUAUAUAAUUUCUUGGGAGUUUUAUUUGCAUUGAACACUUGGAUUGGUGUUAUUUUUUUUAAAAAAAUGCAUCAUUUUUAAGAAAACAAAAGUGCAUGUAGUCUUCUCUCAUUGCAGCCUCCCCAGCAGGAUAUCUCUGGCACAGCGGAACUAACCACCGGCAUUUCUUCUCCAUUUUCCUGCCAGCAGUUUCUUCCUGGUCAAGAUUUUCAGUUAUUUUAUCUGCCACCCUCUAUUCUUCAAAGCCUUAUGAAGAGUCUCCUGUUAAUAGUUUUCAAAUAUAUCUAUAUAUUUUUUAAAAAAUACUUCUGCUCAGGUGUCAAAGCAAAUUUUAUGGAAAAAGAAUGCAAAAGCGGAAUGCCCAGUUGAACCAGUUUGCGUUCCACCCCUCCCCUCCCCUCCUGCCUCCUCACAUCUUUCUCAGGGAUAUGUAUUUAUGUAACACAGUAAGUACAAUGAAGACGCACCCUCCUGCAGCCUCAGUUGGUAAACAGAUUUGCACUCAAAAGAGUGGUGUUGAGUUCUUUCAUACACCAAGGAGGAAAACAAUUCUGGACUUCGCGCUCAAGUGGUUUGGUUUCACAUUUGGUAUAAAUACACUUGGGGAAACAGGACCAUAUAUGGCACGCCCCUUGACUGUUUCAGUCAGUCACUCUCUCCCUCUCCCUGCCAAUGUCAUUUCAUACUGAGAUGAUUUUACCACACCAGCUUCCUGCUGCAGAAACCUUCUCUACCAAAUUUGAUAAAAGUUCCCCCACAGCCACCAUUUUGGGGGAUUGGGUGGAAAGUUUUUUUUUAACACCCUCCCCUCAACAAACUAGAUGCCUUAAUUAAAUUUUCUAAAUAUCAGGAAAUGUAUUUAUACUUGGGAGCCAUGUAUUUAAGUAUAAAAUGGCAGGAUUGCGCUUUUUAGGCAUCACAGCUUCCAGUUUUCUUGGGUUCUCCUGUGGAAGACCCAGUGAAAUAUGUGAGGCUUCUGCAGAUGGACUUCCCAGGAGCUUGUGCCCCACAUUGUCCUGGAGCCUCUGCACUGCUCAUCUGCUAUGUGAGUAAGAAAAACAGGCACCUGGAUUGUAUCAACUUGAACAAUUUUAUUGAAAAAACACCCUGGGGAAACUGUUUGUUGAAAUUCAUCAGAACUUUAUCAAGGUACCGGUCUGUUAUGAAUACUCUUUGUUCCAGUAAAACACACUUCUUAAAGCACAAUGCUUCCAUCCAACACUGUAGCUAUCUGGUCAGUAAAUAAUAAGAUGAAACCUAGUAACAGUAAUCAGAAAGUGCUCUCUUACUAAGAAAGGAGGGGAAAGCAAAAUGUGUAUCUAGAAAGUGUUACAAACUUGGUGUUUUAGCUCAAGAGAACUUCAUCUUUCUCCUACAUAGGUAGCAUCCCAUAGGAGUAGAGUCUGACUGGACAUAUAUAUGAAAACCCCUUUCCCCAACCAGCAAGUCAAGGGUCCCCAGAUGGGUUCUUCAGUUCUCUUGGCUACUACAGUGGAUCUCUCAACCUGUCACAGGACUCACCCGUGACUUUAAGUGUACAUCCACAAGAUAAUCUGCUUCAUUCGCAGUUGGAGAGGCUAACUCUAGCCACAUUCUAUUGCGCCUACCUUUAAAAAAAGAUUUGCGAUCUUUUCAAAAAUAGGCACCUCAGCCCAGAAGAGAGAUUUGUCUGCUUAAAUAGCCUUCCACAUGCAUUACUGGUGCAGAGAUGCAUCUUGAUGAAACUUUGGACUCAACUGAACUGGCUUGAUGUAUCUCUUGAUGUACAUCUGCCCCUGGGGCCACCAGUUGUUAUGCACUUACAGCUGGAUCAGGUCCAAGGUUCAGAAACACAAAGAUGUUUUAACUAGAAAUUGGUCUAUGCUUUACAAAGUGCAAAAAAAAAACACAAAAAAGCCAACAAGAAUAUUGGGAGAUUUUUUAAAGAGACCUCAUUAUUGUUGGCUUGGUUGGUUCUGAUGCUGUAUAUUAAAUAUUCGGGUGCUUUUCUUUGUGAUUGUUUUCCAUUAUUAUUAUUAUUAUUAACAAUAAUAAUAACAAUUUUUACUGUAAAAAUUAAAUGCAGUUGAUUGUAGCACAGUAACACCAUAACCCCAAACUGCUGUUUACAAUAAGUGUAUCUACAUUCCAGAUGUGUCUUAACCAGAUCUUCCUUUCUGCUUUGCAAUAAUUCCAUUUUGCCAGCUUUAAAUAUGUACUGUAUAUGAAUUGUCAGAGGAAAAUAAUGUCAUCAAUUAAAAAGUUGUUUCUAGGUACAUAGAAAGAUUGCUCUAUAUACCAGGCACCCUCUCCACUGUACUGCCACCUAGUAUAAAAACAGAGGUCAAAAUGUAGAUAUUUCAGUAUUUUAUGGGCACUUGUUUCAAAUUUCACAUUUACAGGAACAUUUCCGACUUCAUUCAGCUAUAAACUGGACUAGGCAAGGCUUCUCAGUGUGGAUUCAUAACCGUAGGCAGGAACAAUGGGCCAAUUUGGCUGUUAUUAUGGGCAGUCAAAGUCUUGUUUGUUUUGCGUAAUGAGUUGCAAGUCCUCUAUAGGUUUAUAGGAAGGUGUUGCAUUCUGGUUCUGGAGCUAGGGCAAUACUAUCUAUGGCAGCAUCCAAUGAGAUUGGCCAAGUAAAGUUACCCAGAGGCUGUAAACAUACUAGUCGCCAGAUCAAAGCUUUUCCAUUAGCCACACCCAGAGGGGUAGGGGUUGAUUUGCCUUUCAGUUGCAAAAUUUCUUUGAAGCUGAUUUUUUAUUUUUAAAAAAUGCACUCAAGCAGCUCCCACAGUACAGUAAAAAGGGGCAGGGUUUGAGUAGCGUCAUGUGCCCCAGGUUUCAGAAGAGAGAGGUAGAGAGAGAUGCACUUGAACCUGCAGAACAGUCAGUGUGUUCUACCCAGAGAUUGGAAAUACACAUUCUGGAUCAUUUCCGUAGCUAAGGCUGGAGGUAGAUAUUGAGAAAAUCCCCCACAAUUAAGAGGGAACAUUAAUUGCCUAUAAAAAGGCAUUCUCACUAGGAAUACAGCUAGUAAUAGGGACUGAUUUAUGAAUAGAUAGGAGCAAGUAUUUAUUUCCACAGUAGGCAGAAUAUAUGGGACAGUAAAACCUAAUCUAACUAUAUCACCUUCUGUUAAGAAAUCACUUGAGAACAUUAUUAUCUCUCAAAAAGAAGCUAGGGUUGCCAGACUCAGAGCCUGACACUGAUCCUGUAUUUUUAGGAGAAGUGAAAGUCAGCCAAGUGCAGGUG